AAUAGGCAAGUAUUGCUCCUAGAAUGUCUGUCCUUUUGUAGGCUGCCCCUGCUCCAUUCUCAGGAAGUUUGGAUUGUUUGGCCACUAGGACUUGCCCUCGAUAUGGAACUGACGUGUCAAGUGCGUACACAAAUCAGGGGCAGAGCCAAGAAUUAGGCAGGGAAAUGUGGGAAGCGAAAAACAACCAAGGAUCACCAUGAUGUUAGGUGUUUCUGUCUGAAGAUCCUUUGUAUGAGAAAGUGGAGUAUAAGUUAAGUCACAGAAGUUGAAUUAAUUGGACAUUAGGUGUUGUUGCCGAAGACCCUCUGUGUGAAAUAUUGGGAUAUAAAGUGCGAAAAUUCGUGUUGGAGUCAAUUGAUCGUCAUGAACAGAACAUCACGUUUGGUUGUGUCCUCUCCCUUUUGUGACAAGCCCUUUUUAUGUGACAAGCCCAACACUGAGACAUGCUCUUAUUCUGUUCACACUCAAAUGCCACAAGACGUACCGAGAUCUGGAACAGUCCCAGGUGUUGGUUUGGUUCAUGCUCCAUUUUCGCUACUUCCAACACGUUUUCCAGCAUCUUUUUGGAAGCAAGCAUGUGAACUGGCUCCUAUUUUCAAUGAGCUUGUGGAUCGUGUGAGCUUGGAUGGGAAGUUCUUGCAAGGUUCUUUGUCUAGAACAAAGCAGGUUGACGAUUUCACUGCUAGGUUGUUAGAAAUUCAUGCAAAGAUGAUGGCAGUAAACAAGAAGGAGGAUAUCCGCUUAGGGUUGCAUCGAUCUGACUACAUGCUUGAUUCUGAAACAAAUUCUCUUCUUCAAAUUGAGCUCAACACCAUCUCAACAUCAUUUCCUGGUCUAGGCUCUCUUGUGAGCGAACUUCACAGGACCUUACUUAAUCAAUAUGGUGAAGUCUUAGGUCUUGAUUCUGAAAGGAUUCCUCGGAACUGGGCAGCCAUUCAAUUUGCUGAAGCAUUGGGCAAAGCAUGGGUUGAGUAUAAUAAUGAAAGCGCUGUAGUUAUGAUGAUUGUUCAAGCUGAAGAAAGAAAUAUGUACGACCAGUACUGGCUCAUCAAUCAUUUGAAAGAAUCGCAUGGUGUGAUGACCAUUAGGAAAACUUUGGCACAGGUGGAGGCCGAAGGACUAGUGCUUCCGAAUGGAACACUUGUGGUAGAUGGACGACCUGUUGCUGUUGUGUAUUUCAGAGCUGGGUAUGCACCGACUGACUACCCUUCAGAAGUGGAAUGGAGUGCAAGGCUUUUGAUUGAACAAUCAUCUGCUAUUAAGUGCCCUUCAAUAUCCUACCAUUUAGUCGGAACCAAAAAGAUCCAGCAAGAGCUAGCAAAACCUAGUGUUCUUGAAAGGUUCCUUGACAACGAGGAAGACAUUGCCAAGCUACGUAAAUGCUUCGCAGGGUUAUGGAGCUUGGACAAUGAAGAAAUAGUGAAAUCAGCAAUAGAAAAACCUGACUUGUUUGUCCUGAAACCUCAACGAGAAGGUGGAGGGAACAACUUGUAUGGUCAUGAUUUGCGAGAAACACUGAUCAGACUAAAGAACGAACAGGGAGAGGCGCUUGCGGCCUACAUUUUGAUGCAGCGGAUUUUUCCGAGAGCUUCUCUUACUCAGCUUGUCCAGGGCGGUGUCUGCUUUGAGGAACUUUCAAUCUCUGAGCUUGGAAUAUUUGGAUCCUACCUGCGGAACAAAGAUAAGGUAGUCAUUAAUAACCAAUGUGGUUACUUGAUGCGCACCAAAGUUUCUUCAUCAAACGAAGGUGGAGUUGCUGCAGGAUUUGCUGUUCUGGACAGCAUUCUCCUCACAGAUGAGUGAGAUAGGAAGGUGGCAGGGUUACAACUUACAAGUCACUGGUGACAGCAUGCACCGGAUGAGGAACUGAACUUACCGACAGUUGGAUGAAUGUUACUUACCGACAGUUGGAUGAAUGUUGGAACUCUCAUAUCCGCAUUCAGUCCCUUCCGUCUGCAGGCAUAGGAACAGAUAAUGCAUGUGCAGCUUUCGCUGUGCAAAAUAUGAGAUGGAAUAGGCCUUGGAAAGGUCGGAUAGAUUAGUCAUGUUCAUGUAUUUAGUAGUACCAAGUGGGAAUUAGGUCUGGAGACAAAUCAUCAUAAUUGUUCACUGAACGAUAAAUGUAUCUCCCGAACGAUCGGAAACUCGCAACAGAUCUGAACGUAGGGGAUGCCGUUCAUUUUGA